AUGCCAUCUGGACGACAAGACUGGGAUCAGUUACCCGCGACCUUGGGGCGACAGUCCGCAAGUCAGAGGCAGCCAGUGGCGAACUUGGAGCACGACUUGCAUAGCACGAACGCGUCUCGCGUUGAUCCAGCUACACCAUAUCACGCCAACCUUCUUCAAUCUCCUGCCGCCACUCGAAAUGAACCUACUCGCUUCUACGCGCUACCAGCUAGUGGAAUGUUACCUCAAUCUCCUCACGUCCCAGGCCCGUCGAUUCCGAUCGCUCUGCCUCCUGUCCUCGGAAUCAUGCGACCGCGGUCUCCAGAUCCACGCUCGGCCACUCUACCCUUGUCCGUGAUGCCUGGAGUCCUGUCUUCGCCAACGAGCGCCGCAGUCGCAGGGCUCGAUGUGCGUAAUCCGACGCGACACGACAUUGAAAACCCGCCGCAACGUAGGACUAUUGCCCCGCUGCAACUUAGGACGGAAUCGGCGCAUGGGACAGAAUCAGCGCAUCAUACGGAACCUUGGCAACACCGCGCUGAAAAUCCGCCUCCACGCUAUGAAGACCAGCCCCCGCCACGCCACGUCCGACACCCCCUCCGCCACGUUGAACACCCACCCCGACGCCCCGAACCCGAACAGUGGCGUAUAUUACCGCCGACGUCAAGAGUUCUGCCCGAACACUUGGAUCUCAUGACUGGGGUAAUUCGCAAACGCGCCGACCUCGCCGUGUUCGCAGGACCCGCGUCGCCCUUGCGCACAGUCGUCUUUUCGCCCGACAUCGACCUCGCUGGACUGCUCCGCUUCUAUCAGAUGGCCUUGCCCGAGAAUAAGCAGAUAUUUAUCGCAGGAUCUCCGCCUCCUUCAUGCCAGGCAUACCUGGAACGAGACCUGUGCCAGAAGCGCAUCAGCGAGCACCGCCUGCGAGAUGGGGACUACGACUGUCAUGUCAAGAUCGGCCAGCGCCACUGCGCGUGGAUGCAAUGUCGGUUCUCCGUCUCUCUCAUCACUGAAGACGAGAACGCGUACCGCAUUCUCUGCGCUCAUGUGGCGGCGAGGCACUUCGGUCAGACCCCGAUGUGCCCGCUGUGCAGGCGUGUCUUGCGUGUCCCUCAGCACGCCGAGUGGGAGGCAUACGAUCUGAUCAAGAAACAUCUCAUGACUGGCCUUUGUCUCGAACUCGCGAAGCAUGCCAUAUGCAGAGUGGCGAAGCCUGUCCCUCGUCCAGUUCUGGAUGCAGAUGACGGGCUUGUGCCCCUCACCACCGGGUCUGAGAUAAUUGGGCGAUCUUAG